AUGGCGCAAACAAUCCUCGACAUAUUCUACUCUCUUUCCAACUGCCUCUGCUGCUUUCCGGACACUCCGCAAUUAAAGAUCAACAACAGAAGCUUUCGCAUGUUACGACUCCUGGGCGAAGGCGGCUUCUCCUAUGUGUACUUAGUUCAAGAUACCUCCGAUUCAGCAUUGUAUGCGCUGAAAAAAAUCCGCUGCCCCUUCGGACAGGAAUCCGUAUCACAAGCCCUAAAAGAGGUGGAAGCAUACUCUCUGUUUGCUCCGCAUCCGAAUAUAAUUCACAGUAUUGAUCAUGCUGUCCAAAAUGACUCGACUACGAAAGUGUCCGGCAUCGGGGCGGAGACUGGCUCUGCAAGCAAGACGGUCUACAUUUUACUGCCUUACUACCGACGAGGAAAUUUACAAGAUAUGAUUAAUGCGAAUCUGGUCAACCAUACUCGGUUCGGGGAGAGACGGCUGAUGCAACUGAUGCUCGGAGUAUGCAAAGGCCUCAAAGCCAUGCAUCAAUAUCGAGUUCGCAAUACUCCAUCCCGGUCCGCGGCGAAAGCGAUCCGUGACGAAGCUGCAAACGAAGACGCCGACGCCGCUCGUCGGAAAGCUCGCGCCCAGAAACGAUCCAUGACCGCCGAACAGACACAUCAAGAGGAACUCGCCGAGGAGCAAGAACAACCCCUGAUGCCUGAUGGCGAAGUGACUCGUGCCCAAGAAGGAAAACAGCCAGGAGAAAGCAGCGCCUAUGCUCACCGAGAUAUCAAGCCGGGGAACAUCAUGAUCGACGACGACGGACGUACACCCAUCUUAAUGGACCUGGGAAGUCUUGCCCCGAGCCCUACACCCAUCACGAGCCGAAGUCUUGCGAUUGCCGUCCAGGACACGGCCGCCGAACACUCCACCAUGCCAUACCGGGCUCCCGAAUUAUUCGACGUCAAGACCGGUAGCGUAAUUGAUACAAAAGUGGACAUUUGGUCCCUAGGCUGCACGAUGUAUGCGUGCCUGGUGGGUAAAUCACCGUUUGAAGCCCGCUCUGACGAGACGGGUGGUUCACUCUCAAUAUGCGUUCUGGGUGGCGACUGGCGGUGGCCUGGCGAAGGCAAUGCCACCAAAGGGAAGGACAAAAUGCAUCCACCUCAGAGAUCCGGAUCUCAAUCUCAGUCAGCGAAUGGCGACGUCAACGUCUCCGCAGGAAAGCCUGCCACCGGAGAGAGGAUCUAUCCGCAUCCAGCGGCCAGGGAGGUUGUGAGACGCUGUCUCCAGGUGGAACCAUCGGAACGUCCUGACGUGGACGAACUGAUGACCCUCGUCGAUACGUGUCUCUCUGAGUUACCGGAAGAUGAUGAGGGAGGGGAUGUUGAGGCAGAUGGAGACCUGUAG